AUGGUUCUGAGGGUUUUCUUGAAAACAUGGCCUUGGUCAUUCAUAUGGUUGUCCUAUCUCAAUUGCUUCGUUAUUGCCAUAGGAGUGCCCCUUGAUAUUGACAGCGAAGACUCAAUUAGAUCAGCUGCAAGCACUAUCGCUUAUGAUCUCGUCACAUUCUACACGGGAAACAACACUGGCGAUGUACCUGGAAACCUUCCCGAUCCUUAUUAUUGGUGGGAAGCUGGCGCCUUCUUCGGCGCUCUGAUAAACUACUGGGCGUUCACCGGGGAUACAACCUAUAACAACAUCACUCUUCAAGCAAUGAGCCAUCAAGCGGGUGAUGACGGGGAUUUCAUGCCAUCCAAUCAAACAUACACAGAAGGGAACGAUGACCAGUGUUUCUGGGCACUCAGUGCCAUGGCUGCCGCGGAGCGAAACUUUACAAAUCCGGACUCAUCGACACCGGGUUGGCUGUCGAUGGUUCAGGCCGUAUUCAAUGAACAGGCUAAUCGUUGGGAUACUGCCAGCUGUGCUGGAGGUCUGCGUUGGCAAAUUUACACCUGGAAUGCCGGAUAUAAUUACAAGAAUACCAUCGCGAAUGGGUGUUUCUUCGACAUUGCAGCACGCUUAGCUCGAUAUACAGGCAACGAGACCUACGCUGAAUGGGCCACAAAAUCUUGGAACUGGGCCAAGAGUGUCAAGCUGAUCACAGACGACUACCAAGUGUAUGAUGGUACAACAGAUGCCAGUAACUGCACUUCCUAUGAUCGCACUCGCUGGUCAUACACAGCGGGGAUUUAUCUUCACGGUGCCUCUGUGAUGUAUAACUAUACCUCUUCACUAUCUACCAACUCGUCCACAACCAAUUCGUCUUCAGCCUCCUUAUGGAAAGCUCGACUGGAUAGACUUCUUUCAAAAACCGACUUCCUGUUCUCAACAAAUGAAACCAGUAAGAAUGUCAUGUAUGAGCCUCCGUGUGAACUGAUAAAUAGCUGCAACACGGAUCAGUUGUCUUUCAAGGCGUACCUCUCUCGAUGGAUGGCCGAUGUCACGCAACUUGCUCCUUAUACAUACGACACCAUCAUGGUAAGACUGCGAGCUACCGCGCAAGCUGCCGUCGCUCAGUGCCAAGGUGGAUCUACUGGUACAUAUUGUGGUUUUCGCUGGUCGAGUGGUAGUUACGACGGAACGACUGGAGUUGGUCAGCAGAUGGGUGUCCUUGAGGUUCUCCAGGGUCUUCUUUCAGCUAAUGUCAGUGCACCAGUCACUUCCACUACAGGUGGAACGAGUGAGGGGAAUAGCGCUGCUGGAACUGGAUCAGAUAAAACAGAGACCGAGAUUGAGUACUCUGCUACUACUACAGGCGAUAAAGCCGGGGCCACAAUAUUGACUGCGGUACUGACUGGUUUAGUUUUAUCCGCUGUAUAUAUGAUGGUGACCUGA